AACCAGUAGCCCUUCAACAGCCAAAAUCAUUCCAAACUUGUAGUGUUUUAGAAAGAUGAUGAUGUUGAAACAGUGUUUGUGUAGUGUUAUUUUAGUGUGUGUGCUGUGUUUUUCGAGUUUCGCAUGCGAUGUUAAGGGCGAAGAGAGAGUUAUUGAGGGCACUGUUCGUAUCGAUGGGAGUCGUCCGAUAGCGGAGACCGAUGAGAACUUCGUAUGUGCAACAAUAGACUUAUGGCCAGCUGAAAAGUGUGAUUAUGGAACUUGUGCCUGGGGAAACUCUUCUCUUCUCAAUUUGGAUCUGAAAAAUGUUGUCCUCUUCAAUGCAGUAAAAGCGUUUCACCACUUCGGAUAAGAUUAGGAGGAACUUUGCAAGACAGAUUGAUAUAUCAAACAGACCGUACAGAAGCAUGCACUCCAUUUGUGUACAACACUUCUGAGCUGUACAAUUACACUUUGGGUUGUCUUUCCUUGGACAGAUGGGAUGAAUUAAACUCCUUCUUCACUCGUUCCCGGGCAAUAUUUACUUUCGGACUAAAUGCGCUAAAUGGUCCGGCAAAUGCUACACUUGUUGCCAAGGGCAAUUGGGAUUAUUCGAAUGCUGAAUCGUUUCUUCGUUACACUGUCGAGAAGGGUUACAAUGUGUAUGCUUGGGCCCUUGGGAAUGAAUUAGGUGGAAUCGCAAUAUAUCUAUUCGUGGAUGCGGAGCAGUAUGCCCAAGACACGGUUUCUCUACGUCGAUUAAUAGCAAAAAAUUAUCGACCAAUGAUAAGGGCCCCACGGAUAAUGGCUCCUGAAAAUCUCUUCGAACGUGAUUGGUUUCAACAAUACCUAGAACAAUCACAAGGCUCACUAAGUAUAAGUAGCCAACAUAUCUAUAAUCUUGGCGCAGGAUCUGAUCCGGACCUUAUAAAUAAAAUACUUGAUACAACGGUGCUGAAUAGUGGAGCCGUUCCGCUAUGGAACCUCAAGAACCUUCUGGAAGAAACGGGUACAUCGGCAGUUGGUUGGGUUACCGAGUCUGGAGGAGCUUAUAAUAGUGGUCGUGAUGGAGUAACAAACACCUUUGUCUUUAGUUUUUGGUAUUUGGACAUACUGGGUAUGGCAGCAGCUUAUGAUACAAAGUUGUUUUGUCGACAGACAUUAGUCGGAGGCUACUAUAGUUUACUUGACACCACCACCUUUGUUCCAAAUCCCGAUUACUACGGCGCGCUUCUUUGGCACCGUUUAAUGGGAAAACAUGUUUUGCUGACGAGAUUUGAAGGAAGUAGUAAGAUCCGUGCAUAUGCUCAUUGUGCAAAGAAUUCUCCUGGAGUUGUUGUAUUGCUCAUAAACCUAGACGGCAACACAACUGCCGAGGCAAAGCUUUCAUUGUUCGAAAAUGAUGACGGUGAACGGCUAUUUGAUUUUAGACAAGAGUACCACCUCACCCCUUUGGAAGGAAACAUACAAAGCAAGACCGUUUUACUCAACGGUAAGCCAUUGAUCGUCGAUUCGUCUGGCGCUAUACCUAUCAUGGAACCCGUUGAGGUUAUUGGCUCGAGGCCGAUAACUGUGAAUCCGCAUUCCAUUGUGUUUGUUCACAUUUCAAAUUUCGCCUUCAAAGCGUGCCGAUCCUUUGGUGUCGAAGUACUUUGAUAUCCGUGUUUGUUCGUUUGUUUUAUUGUUUUAUUAUGUACCGUGAUGUAAUGUGUGGUCGAAUAAGAUGCAAAGGCCUUUGUUGCUAUAUGUUUGCAUCAUAGUUGAACUAUUAAUAAAUAUAUCAACUCUGUAACAUAUAUAUAUGUUGGGUGUUUUUCGUAUUUUGUUUCUACCAAAAUUUCGAUAAAUCGAUGAUUCACACCCAUCGUUUCAAUGAUGUUGAUGAAUAAUGAAUGAAAAUGAACAACAUUGUUAUGUAUUAAAUUGUAUUUGUAAAAGGCCAGUUCAUCUAGAAAACAUGUAUCCAAAUUUUUGGGUUGAUU